UCAUGCCUGUCAUUCGUCAGAAACUAAGCGAGCUAAAUGUUGCGAUGAUUCUGUUUGAAUGGCAUAUUUGAAAUACUUAUAUUAACAAAGCCUUCGGCGAUUUUGGCCAUGCUGAGCAUCUUUGGACCUCAUUGGAACCAUUACAACAAGAGGUCAGUGUCUUAAAUUGGUCGGCCAUGGUGAACCGGUCUCUGGAGGAGGGGAGUCAGUAUGAAUACAUCAAGUGUGUGGUGGUGGGGGAUGCGGGGGUGGGGAAGACCUGCCUGACCUGUGCCUGGGCCUGUGGGACAAAUUACACCCUGGAACGCCUCGUCAAGACCCCUGCAUCCUCGGUGUGGGCCAUUGAUCACUACAGAAACGAUCAAGAGGUGAUGGACAGGUCAUGGUGUAAUGUAGAUGGAGUUCGAUGUUCCCUGAAACUAUGGGAUACUUUUGGUUACCAUGACAAGAACAGGAAGUUUGCAUAUAGAGGGUCGGACGUGAUUCUGCUGUGCUUCAGUGUGGUCAAACCAAGCUCUCUGAAGAACGUGGAGAGGUUCUGGCUCCCGGAGAUCAAGAGUCGGUGCCCUGCCACACCCAUCGUACUGGUGGGGACUCAUGCAGACCUACGCUACCUGUAUAAGAAUGAAAAGUACAAGAAAAUGAACAAAGGAUUGCUUUACAAAGCUGUCAGUGAUGAAGACAUUUUGCCGCCAAUGAGUGGAAGGGAUAUGGCAGCUAGCAUAGGAGCUCCAUACUAUGAAACAAGUGUGCUGACUAAAUAUGGUAUUGAGGAGUUGUUCUUUAAUGUGAUUAGGGCCACAUUAAUCGAACGGCGGGCAUUGAAAUUUUGGAAUCCUCAACUACGACGUGUACAGUAUCCUUUAAUUCAGGCCCCUAUGGAUAUCCCCAAACCUGAGCUGCCAAUCAUAAAAGACCCAGGGACGGCGCCUCAUGAAGACUUGUCUAAACUUCUACAGGAGGAUGGGGACGUUAUUUUCGAUGUACAAGGAACACAUUUUAGAGCUCAUAAAAUCUGUUUGAUCAUUGCUGAAAGUGUUUUUGAGGGUAUUUUUGUUCAUUCCCCAAAAGCCAAUGGUAGAAAGUCUUUAUCAAGACAAGGUAGCAGUGGGUCGGAUAGCGGCAGAAAAUCUGAGAAAAAUGGUGGGAAAGAGGACAAAGAAAACCUUAUAGGUGGAGCUCCUCCUCUGCCAGAUAUCUGUCUCCAUGGUACCGAAGCAAUGACCAAUGGAAAUUGUCGUCUGCUGAAUGUUCCUGGGUUUGUUAAAGUGGAAGAAAAAUUGUGGAUGGAUCCACUCAGUUUGGUAGAAGAAAAAAAGACUGUGAUCACCAUGGAUUCUGAACUGAAUCCACUUGCCUUUCAGUAUGUUCUCCGGUUUUGGUACUCGGGACAAGUUCCUGGGUCAUGUGACUGUCUCGCAGAGUUACGCAGAGCGGCUGAAAUUCUGAUGCUUCCAACAUUGAUCCUAAUGGUUUCCAAUCUUCAGACAGGGGAAUCUUACCUAAAUCACCCACUAGAAUCCAAUUUCUACACAUCACGCAGAAAUAAGUUGCAAUCCAUUGGGCUGGAGUCUGGAAGAUUCACUGACAUUGAAUUCCAGUUGGAAGAUGGAGUUAUUGCCCUUCAUAAACCAAUUCUAAUGGCUAGAUGUGAAAUGAUGUUUGCCAUGUUUAGUGCCAAUUUCAUGGAGUCUUCUGCUGAAAUUAUACCAUUCCCAGGGAUGGAUGUGCAGACUUUUAGAGUGUUGAUGACCUAUUUGUACUUAGGGCGGUUACCCUCGCUGGACGGGUCGGACAUUGUGGGACUUUUUGAGGCUGCUGAUAGGCUGUGCCUGAAGCACAUGAUCAAAGCUCUGGAAUAUGAGAUUGUCUCGGAACUUUUGCAGGCAGAAGCAAACGGAGACAAAAUUGUAGAGGAGACUUUAAAACUUAUCGAACCAGCUCAGUUCCACAAUGCGGUAGAGCUGGCCGGGUGGUGUCUGGAUUACGUGUGCGUGAACUACACCAUGGUCCACAGGAAGUACUUCAGCCUCCUGUACAAGCUGCAACCCGACAACCAGAGACACAUUGCCCAGAACAAGUGGCCCCCAGACUGGUACACCCAAGAGAAAGAGUACUACACCAUGGCCCUGAGAGACAUGACCCCCAAACAGAUGAUCCAGCAGAGGCACCAGUUCUCCCGUUGGCAGCGCUGCAAGUCAAGCUGUCUGUGUUUUGGUCGGCGCAGUCGAAUGAUCAACAUGGAAAACGAGGAUGAUGCAGACUAGGGGAAUUGUCAGUGAGGAGCAUGUCAAUCAAAGUGGGAUCUUGGUCAGCAACAGAGCUAGUCAGUCAGUCAUUGUAUGGGAAAUUUCAGUCAAUUCUUGCAGUAUUCUGUGUCUGUACGAUUGUAAUAUGUAACAUGCUUUUUAUUGUGAAGUCUGUUAUUUAUUUCUUGCUUAAUUUGAGAAAUAAUCGGCCUGAUUAUAUACUGCCGGUGUUGUAUGUAGAACCCUAUAGUUCUUAUACAGGCAAUAAUUCUUCUUAUUUUUGAUGUCUCACUUUUAUUUUUUAGGCAAGAUUGCAUGAGACAAUAUUCUUGAUUAAUUAUUUUGAAUAACGAAUAGGUAACAAAUAAUGGACAUUAAAAAUAGAAUUAACCAAUACUUAAAUUUGAUAAUAGUAAAACUAGAAACACUAAAUGUAACCUGCCAUUCAAAUAUCCCAGACAUCACAUUAUUGUAGAGCAUAGUUUAUAUAAUUAAGAUAUUUUAUUUUUAUUCAUGAUCAAAAUCUGUUUGACAACUGUGAUACCUAAUGGAAACGUUACCGGUACUAGUUGAAAGUAAUGGAUAUGUGUUUGAUACCAUUUAUGCAUAGACAUGAUACACAUGCACCCACACUACAACUGUAUGGGACAUUUUAGUAUAAUCUCAUGUUUAAGUCUAUUUAUAUAUUUUGCAAGUGCUUAAUGCUGUGAAAAUUUUCAAAUUAACAGACACCCAUCACAAUAACAAUGUGACUGUGCACUUUAAAUAUUGUCAGAGUAAAAAUUGUUCCUUCGAAGUUUUAGAAAAAUACCUGUUUAUAGAACAGGUAUGAUAAUUUCAGAAUAUGGUCCAUAGGAAGUGUCUGAUUUUUUUUUAAAAUUUACCAUUGAUAUUAUGGGUCUUUCCUUUUUUUCUGUGAUAGUUCUUGUGUUUAAAGUAUAAAGAAACAUUUUUCAUAGGAUGCAUGCAUCCAUUGUAUAAUUCUGAAAUAUUUGUCAGAAUCUUUUAACGCAACAGAAAAGUUUAGCAGAUUCUUGCCAAAUUUUUUCUAAAAUAUCAACAGCAUUUCAAUGAUCCAUGUAACAAUGUUAUGGCUUUAUAUAUAUAUAUAUACAUAUAAUACAUGUUAUUAUUUAUCCUUUCCAAUAAGUAUGUGAUCUUGUAAUUUAAUAUUCUAAGGGUAAUUGUUAUUUGCACCGGUAGUAGAAAUACAUGUAGUCAUAUUAUUGUGAUUGUUGGAAUUAUAAGCACUGCGUGUAUCACACAGUAAGAUGUCUGACCAUUAGUUGUUUGUGAGGAACCAGUGAAAGAGACAGCGGGUCUUGAGACAUACCACUCUUUUCUAAACAUUCAGGAUUCUUCAUAAUAUGUGUCUUCAUUUCUCACUUCUCUUUUCCUCUUUACUAAGACAUCUUUAAUACCUAUUUUCUUCGUGUUUGAGCAAGUCUUUCAGAAACAUUUGUCAUGUUUUUAUUUUAAGAUUCUGUAAUUUCCUUUUUUUUAGCAGUCUGCAGAAGUGAAACCAAUUUUCUAAAACCAUGAUUGAUUUGAAAUUGAUUCUCAACUUUAAAAAACUUAAUAUAUAUUUUACUCGGUAAUACAGUAAAACACGGUUAUAGCAAACACGCUUAUAAUGAAUUAACGCUUACAGCGAAGUGAAUUUCAUUCCCCAAGUCUCUAUUUCAUGUUGUAAACUUGACGGAUAUAACGAACUACGCUUAUAACGAAGUUAAAUUGGCCGUCCCUGGGACUUUGUUAUAAGCGUGUUUUACUGUAGUUCUAAUUGUUUUGUGGGUUUUUUUCUGUGUGAACCUGCAUAUAUGUUUGAUAAACAUUAACAGAGAAGGAAAAAGAAAUGUUUUACAAUGUAUCUUAUUACUCUGAGCUAGGACUUCUUUUAAGUAUUGCCAUGACAGUGUCUUAAUACUGUGGAAUCAUUAGAUUUCGCGGUGGCUCAGUUUUCGUGGAAUUUGUGGGCACCGCUCAUCCACGAACUAACAUCCUCCACGAAUAAAUAAAUCAGGACUAUGAAGUCAUGUUUUCUUUUGUAAGUAUCCGAGAAUACACGAAAUUACGCCCAAAUGAACCUGUAAAAUUGAAGCAAUCCACGAAAAUUGGCCCCCACGAAAUUUAAUGAUUCCACAGUAAUGUCACGCUGCAAAUAGUAAAACAACCAAAGGUUCUUUUUUAACAAGGCAUACUUUUUUCUAAGGUGACUCAUAUAAAUAUUAAACUUACACUAUGAUAAAUUUAAUUCAAGGCUUUUAUAAUGAAGAUAUACUUCUAUUAUUGCUCACACACAUAUAAAUAGUGCUUCAUUUAAUUUACAAAUAAUAAAGUGCUUUAUAAUUUCCUUCAAAAAAGGAAUAUCUUCCUCAAGCAUUUUUAUUACACUUUUUUAAGCGACUUUUUGCUGAUGAAAACAUAGUGCUCCUCACACCUUCUUGUUUUAUUCCUGAUGGAAACACAGUGCUAUCUUACUUGAUAUAUAUAUUUACUUUACAUGUUUUUCUUAAUUCUUCUUUUGCUUUUGAUAAUUUGUAUUGCUUGUACAUCAUGUGUACAAUGAAAUAGUAGCUUAUAUUUUAAGCACAAUUAUUUACUAAGGGCUGGUAGUUGCAUGGUUGCCUGAGACUGUUUUUUAUAACAGUAUCUUUUUUUCAAGUGUUGCUUUCCUUGAUGUUUUUUCAUCCCAUUGUUGCCAAAAGCAUUAUUUUAAAAUGCAAUUGUAGGUAGAUUUAAUUAAAUUAAUUAAAUCAAUUAAGAAAUAACAUUGUUUUUUGAUAAAGUAGGUGUUUAGAAUUUGGUUUUUUCCAGGCACAUUCUGUAAUGUAUAUUGGAACAUAAUGGUAAAAGAUACAAGAGAAUUUAAUACAGAUUUUAACACCAAAUCCUCUGAAAUAUUUUUUUCACCACAUAUACCUGCAUUGAAAUUUUUACUUUGAAUCAGAGCAGUUGCAUGUGUUGAAUUAUGAUCACAACUGGAGGUUGUAAGGUUUAUCGAUAGACUGUGACAGUGCAUCAGGUGUGCAAGCAUUUAGAAAUAAAUGCAAAUUCACACGCAAACUUUUGUUGUACACAUUUAUGCAGCAUGUGUUCAUUUACAAUUUGAUGAAUGUUGUUUUUAUUUUCUCUGUUAUGAGUCAUAGAUUUGCUUUUGAUUUCUUAACUUGUCGUAUAUAUAUAUAAUUAUAAAGAAAAAUAGUACAUAGUUGUCGAUGAUUUCAGUUCAUAUUAAGUAUUAUGUAAUAAACAUAAAUAUAGAAAUGUUUGCAUGGUUGGUAGUUUCCAAAAUGAAUAAUAAAAAGUUACAUUUACAUCAAAAUUACCACCAUUCCACCAAUGAAGUUUACAAUGUAGAUUUGUGCAUUUGUUUCUUAAUAUUUACGAGACAAAUUUUCCAAAAAUAAUGAAGAAGCAUUCUUUAAUAAUAGGCUAACAUGCUAUUUUCAUUACCUUUCCUUUCUGUUUGAUUUUGUACUUAUAUUAAUUAAAAGCUGUGGGUAAAUCUUGUUUUGAAAGCUAUGUACAUCUCAAGUAGCUGGUUUGGAGAGCUAGUAAGAUGACUGUGUAUUUAAUUAACAUUCUUUGUUAUGACUUACAUACAAUGUUUAUUGUUGAUCUUGAAAUACUAGGGUAUGCCCUGUUGUGUUUUUUCCUUUUCUUUUUUGUUCUGUUUAUAGUACAUGUACUCUAUGGGUGAUUUUUUUUAUUAUAAUUAAUAUUUUUGUGUUUAUAUAAUCGUUCCGUUUUGUUGGUUAUAUUUAUAUUGUCCUCAGUUUUGCAGUGUAAUCUAUUUUCUUACAGCAAUAUAAUUAAUUAAAUUUCAUGAAAUGAUUAGAUGCCAUGUCCAUCCAUUCCAUGCUGAUUUUAGAAAUAACUUUGUUUAUAGUUACAUUGUUAAACUAACUAAUUUUCAUAGAAUUAAACUUCCUCAAUUCACAUUUACACAUUUUAAAUUAAGAUAUCAAAAUGCAUUAAUUUUUAUUCUCUACUACUAGGUUUGGUAAAUUUUUGGAUAUAUUUUGUAUUUAAAUUAAGAAGAAUUUGUAAAUAAUACUUUUUAGGUGUAACAAUUAAAAAAAAAUAAAAUUAAUGUUAGUAAACCAUGGUAACAAGUCUUAGUUAUGAAGACUUAGUUAUGAAAGAGCGUUUGGUGAAGUUCAAUGCAACAUUGUUAGUUAGUUUUUAAUAUAUGAAAGAGUACCCAUUUACAGUCAAACUUCGUUAUCUCGAACUAGAUGGGACUGUUUAAAGACUUCAAGAUAUCCAAGUUUUUGAUAUAUCAAGGGUCAAAUACUUAAAUAAUAAGUGGUUGUGACUUGCAAAUCUCUUUGACAUAUUCAUUGUAUUUGAUAUAUCAGUGUUCGAGAUAUUGAAAUUCAACUGUAUAUAUACACCUAUACUUUUUAAUAUAUUUUUGCCUAUAAGCAAAAUAGUUGUGUUAUUAUACAUAAGGAUUCUUUUAUAUAUUAUCUUAUUAGAUAAGUAGAGUUUAUAUUCCUUCUAGAUUAGGAAAGUUUCACAUGUGAUAUAUAAGCACAAACGAAGGCCAAAUAUGGUAAAUCAAAAAUAGCAAUGAGAUUCCUAAUUUAAAAAUAUUUUAUUGAGUAAUCAAAUGGAUUAGGCAACAGGCAAAGCCUAUAUAAACCCUCUCCUAAAAUGAGAUUCCUUGAGUGAUCAACGAUCAACAUUAGUACAAUAGUACAGUUGUUAUAUUGUCUUUGAAAUAUUAAUUUUUACACACACUUAUACAUGUACUGUGAAUUUUGAAUGACAGAAGAUUAAGCUUGUGAAUUUAUAUUACACAUAAAAUAUCAUCCAAUUUUUAAUAAGUAAAGUUUUUUAUUACAUAUUUUUUUUGAUUAUGAGAGAAAAUUCUAAGGCGGCAAGGCCUGUGUACAAUGGAUAACAAUUAGUUUGGCGAUACACAUUUAUAUUGUUACUAUAUUUAGUGAGUCUUGGUGAUAUGAUGUAGAAUAAACAACAUUUACUGUAUUAUUGUGUCCUAUAUAUCACCGCUUAUGGAAGUUAUGGUAUUGUACUGACGUGUAUAAAUUAUAAUAAACAAACUAUUAUUUUAA